AGAAAGGGAUUUUGUGUUAAUUCUGCUCUCGCGACGAUAGGAGGUGGUGCUUCGAAAGUGUUUUUUUUCCUUGUCGAUUGACAACGAUUAGUGCUGGAGAUACAGAACAAGUUUUAACGAUAUGAAGCAAGAACGAUCGAAUCAGCAAAAUUUUCUGUAGCCCACCUUCUGUUCGGUUGUGUAUCGGAAUUUGGCGAACGUUUUCCGGAACGAAACGCUUCGGUAAUCACGUGAAACUUGCAAAUUAGUGUACAGUUCCUGGCGUUUGGUGGUGAGUGCAAAAGGUAAAAUCCUUGGUCCUUGGGGUUCGACCGAGUGUGUUCAGUGGCGCAGGAAGGAAAAAAUCAGCCCCAAAAAUCAAGAUGGCGAGCAGCCCUCGCUAGAGUGAGAGAAGGGAAAAGAGAUCCUCUUUUCGCCUCCUAUUUUUUUUUUGCUGUGUGCUCCGUGGAGUGUUGUGUCAUUUAAUUUAGCUGAACGGCUGAACCACCACUCGAUAUGGGCAGCAAAAUCGAGUUGGGCUGUGUUUUUACUACGUAGUGAGCGAGGGCUUUUUAUUGUUGUUAUUCCGUAACACAUUGUGGUGUGAGUCAGUGAGAAGAAAAACAAGUGCAUGAAGGUGUAAACCCCUUCAAAAGUGUUAACUUUGCUGCCCGUGAAGGAUUUUUGAUUGGAAAAAGUUUCAACCUUCAUUCAAUGCCUAGAUUUCAGUGUGUGUUUUACUCUUUAUUCCUUAUUUAGUUAUCUAUAAUAAUUAGUUUAAUGUUCCAAUCAAUUUACGUGUGAUUGUUCGAGAACAAGGAUAAAACAACGAGUCAUCGAAAAUGUCUGAUAAAAUAAAAGUCGCGGUGCGAGUUCGACCUUUCAAUCGUCGAGAGCUCGAGCUUGCCACCGAGAAUGUGAUAGAAAUGAAUGGCUCACAGACGAUUUUGAAAUACCCUGCCACAUUAGAUAAGAUGGAAAGAAAACCGCCAAAACUGUUCGCAUUCGAUCACUGCUUCUACUCGACCGAUCCGGAGGCCGAACAUUUCGCCUCCCAGCAGGUGGUCUUCGACAACAUGGGCCGGGACAUCCUGGACAAUGCAUUCCAGGGCUACAACGCAUGCAUCUUCGCCUACGGUCAGACCGGAUCCGGCAAGUCCUACACGAUGAUGGGCAGCCAGGAGAGCAAGGGAAUCAUCCCGCGGCUGUGUGACGAACUGUUUGCCUCCAUUGCGGCCAAACAGACCGACGAACUGACCUACAAGGUCGAGGUGUCCUACAUGGAGAUCUACAACGAGAAAGUGCAUGACCUGCUAGACCCGAAAACCAGCAAACAGUCGCUGAAGGUGCGGGAGCAUAACGUACUGGGACCGUACGUGGACGGAUUGUCCCAGCUGGCGGUAACCUCGUUUAUGGACAUCGACAACCUGAUGGCGGAAGGAAACAAAUCCCGAACGGUGGCCGCCACCAACAUGAACUCGGAAUCAUCCCGUUCGCAUGCGGUCUUCACUGUGGUGCUCACGCAGACCCUCAUCGACACGCUGUCCGGGGUGACCGGCGAAAAGGUGUCCCGCGUUUCGCUGGUAGAUUUGGCCGGUAGUGAGCGUGCCGUGAAAACCGGUGCCGUCGGGGAACGUCUCAAGGAAGGUUCGAACAUCAACAAGAGCUUGACGACGCUCGGUUUGGUAAUAUCGAAACUAGCCGACCAAACCAGCGGCAGUAAGAACAAAGACAAGUUCGUUCCGUAUCGAGAUUCGGUGCUGACGUGGCUGUUGAAGGAUAACCUGGGUGGUAACUCAAAGACGGUGAUGUUGGCGACGCUUUCGCCGGCGGCUGAUAACUACGAGGAGACACUGUCCACGCUGAGGUACGCCGAUCGUGCCAAGCGAAUCGUUAAUCAUGCAGUUGUCAAUGAGGAUCCGAAUGCCAGGAUAAUUCGUGAGCUGAGAAAGGAAGUGGAGACGUUGAGGGAAAUGUUGAAGCAUGCUACCGGUGCCAGUAUUGGGGACAUGAAAAGAGUCGAUAUUCACGAUAAGUUGGCAGAAAGUGAGAACCUAAUGAAGCAGAUUUCGCAAACAUGGGAGGAGAAAUUGGAGAAGACGGAACAGAUUCAAAGUGAACGGCAGCAGGCACUGGAAAAAAUGGGCAUCAGCGUACAGGACAGUGGUAUCAAGGUGGAGAAGAACAAGUACUAUCUUGUUAAUUUGAACGCUGAUCCAUCAUUGAAUGAGCUUCUGGUGUAUUAUUUGAAGGAUCUUACCUUGAUCGGUGGUCGAAGCAAUGAUAGUAACAAGCAACCGGAUAUCCAACUGCUCGGCUUGGGCAUUCAACCGGAACACUGUUCGAUCACAAUUGAAGACGGUGAGUUGUUUAUGGAACCGAUCGAGAAUGCUCGUUGCUGCGUGAACGGUUCGGUGGUAACCGAGAAGACCUCGCUGAACCACGGCGAUCGCAUCCUGUGGGGAAAUCAUCACUUCUUUCGAGUGAACUGUCCAAAGUCCAGCAAUAGCAACAACAAUAUGCCCUCAGAACCUCAAACUCCUGCUCAACAUAUGGACUACUACUACGCUCAAGAGGAACUGAUGCAGAAUGAAUUCAGCAAUAAUCCCAUUCAGGCAGCUAUUUCCCGGUUAGAAAAACAACACGAAGAAGACAAACAGGUUGCACUGGAAAAGCAACGCAUGGAGUACGAAAAACAGUUCCAGCAGCUGCGGAAUAUACUGUCACCGACGACCCCGUACGCCCCCUACGCUCCGUAUGAUCCCUUCCGUCUUGGAAAACUUCCUCCAAAUACGCCAAAUGCUCAGCUUCGUGUUGAAAAGUGGGCACAGGAACGGGAUGAAAUGUUUAAACGGUCAUUGGGUCAGUUGAAAACUGAUAUUGUCCGAGCUAACGCUCUGGUACAGGAGGCGAAUGUGCUCGCCGAGGAAAUGAACAAACAAACCAAAUUCAGUGUCACUUUGCAAAUUCCUCCGGCCAACCUGAGUCCCAACAGAAAACGUGGGGCAUUCGUCAGUGAGCCAGCUAUUCUGGUACGUCGAAUGAACUCCGGCAGCCAAAUUUGGAGCAUGGAAAAGUUGGAAAACAAACUGAUCGAUAUGCGCGAUAUGUACCAGGAAUACAAGGAUAACAAUUUCACUGUCAUGGAUGAAAACAAGAACAAAUCGGAUCCGUUCUACGAGUCGCAAGAGAAUCACAAUCUGAUCGGUGUGGCCAACAUCUUUCUGGAGGUGCUGCUGCACGAUGUAAAGCUCGACUACCACACUCCGAUCAUUAGUCAACAGGGAGAGGUUGCCGGCCGACUGCAACUGGAAAUUAGCCGUGUUGCUGGUCAAUUUCCACAGGAUCGCAUCAACGAAUCGGCCUCGGAGAGCUCGCACGACAGUCACGAAGAUGAAGAUUUGUGUGACUCAUCCAGCAAUCAAGUCACCUGCCGCAUCAGCAUCAAGCAAGCUUCCGGAUUGCCACUGUACUUGUCUAACUUUGUGUUUUGUCAAUAUUCAUUCUGGAACCAUGACGUGUCGGUGGUCCCGGCAACCAAUCAGGAGGUAGCAGCGCACAAUCAGAACAGCACGUUCAAAUUUGAUCAUGAGGCCGAUUAUGUGGUGACUGUGAAUGAAGAAUUUCUGGAACACUGUACCGACGGAGCUCUUUCGAUAGAGGUUUGGGGUCACCGUUCGGUUGGUUUUUCUCGAGCCAAAGAUUGGGAAGUGGAACAACAGCAAGCAAAGGCACGCUCGUUAGCCGAUCGAUGGGCUGAGUUGUCCCGUAAAAUUGAACUGUGGGUUGAAAUUCACGAGCUGAACGAUAAUGGUGACUGGGCCCCGGUUGAUGUUCAGUGUUCGAAGGACAUGCUGACCGGUGGAUUGUAUCAGCUACGACAGGGUUUCCAACGUCGUAUAAUGGUUCGUGUUAAACCAGUCCAGAACUCCGGAACUCUGCCCAUCAUCUGUCAAUCGAUCAUCAAUGUCUCAGUGGGUUGCGUCACUGUUCGCUCAAAGUUGCAAAAACAAAUGGAUUCCUACCAGGAAGAAGAUCUUACCGUGCUGCGAGAUAAGUGGAGUGAAGCACUUGGUCGUCGUCGUCAGUACCUGGAUCAGCAAAUUCAAAAACUAAUCAACAAAGAUGACAAAACCGAACAGGAGAAAGAACGAGAACAAAGUCUCGUCAACCAGUGGGUUUCGCUGACCGAGGAACGGAACGCUGUGCUCGUGCCUGCUCCUGGUUCUGGCAUACCUGGUGCUCCGGCGUCCUGGGAACCUCCUCUCGGAAUGGAACCGCAUGUACCUGUACUCUUUCUGGAUUUGAAUGCCGACGAUCUGACAACGCAAAGUGUGAACGACGAAGUUCCGAUUGCCGGUCUCAAUUCUAUUUUGCCAAAGGAACACGGAAAUAAGUUCUACAAUCUCCAAAUGAUUCAACAUCUGGAUAAGGACAUAUGCGCCAUUUGCAGCUGGGACUCGUCAAUCCACGACAGUCCGUCACUGAACCGUAUGACGGAGGCCAACGAAAGAGUAUACCUGAUUCUGAAGACAACCGUACGGCUAUCGCAUCCGGCUCCGAUGGAUCUGGUGCUGCGGAAACGGUUAGCACUGAACAUUUACAAACGGCAGAGUUUCACCGAUCGGUUGAAGAAACUGCGGCUCGGUCGGAUGGAAGCCGGCUCGCUGCAAUCCGGUGUCACGUAUGAAGUCGUGUCAAACAUUCCUAAAGCUUCGGAGGAACUGGAGGAUCGCGAAUCACUGGCUCAGAUCGCUGCCACCGGCGAGGAUGUCUCGGCGAGCGAUGGCGAGACCUAUAUCGAAAAAUAUACCAAAGGUGUUUCAGCCGUGGAAAGCAUUUUGACACUGGACCGUUUGCGGCAAAGCGUAGCUAUAAAGGAGCUGGAACAGGUGCGAGGUCCAACGCUAUCGAUGCGGAAAACAGCCAGUGUGCCGAACUUCUCCCAGAUGAGAUUCUUCGAUGCUUCACUGGAAUCUUUGCUGGGAAUCGGUCGGUCGGAAUCAUAUGCUGAUUUGAAAGUCGGACUGAGUGGUGUUCAAACCAGCAAAGAAACCACAACGACUCGACAAAAACAGAAGAGUCAGAAUAGCAGCGAGGACUCAACCAGUGCAUCCUAUGGUUUAACUCGUCCCACAUUCCUAAAUCUUAACAUAAAUUUGAACUCCCUGCGAUUACAGCCAACCAAGCCAUCGCCAGCGGCUAGCAAACUGGCCCCAAGAAUGACCACACUGCACGAGGAACCACUGAUCAGACAAAUCUGUUACGAAGAGGAAGGCGAGGACCGGUUCAGUGAGCCGGAGUAUUCCGAUGACGAGUUCUACGAACCAUCCAAAAACACUACUCUGCCCAAACUGAAGUCCUCCCACACGGUGGGUUCUUUCAUGGACAUCGACAAGCGCCCGCCGGCGGAUCUCGGUGUUAAAUACAGUGUACCGAUGGCCAAAACGGGAAAACCGGUGUCCUCGGGCAGUGGUGGUGGUAUCGGAAAAGGUCACAGUGCUGCCGCCGGAACACCGAGCAUGAGCUCGUCUACUUCCAGUGGUUACGGUUCCCAAGCGGUGUCCUGUAGCAAUCUUACCAAUGACGACACAUAUUCCAUCCGUUCGCUGAGCGUCGGAGAGACUCCUGAAACCAUGUCACCGUCCAACAUGCGUCAUGAGCACAAUGCUGUCAAAUCGUCCGAAUAUUACACACCGAUGGAAAGUUUCAACACCAGCGGAAUCAGUACCGAGUUCCCGAAACGGGUGAAUCCCUUCCUGAAGGAUAUGGAAAGCUUCGAUGAGAUGAAUGGCAAUCGAGGCUUGUUGGAUCACGAGGAGCUGAUGUUCAAUAACAAUCAGAAGCGAGCAAGCGAACCUGCCAUCCUCUCCCACAGUACGGCCAUGAUCGAUGAAGAAGAUGAAGGUCUGGAUAACAAGAUGGACGAUGAACGCCAGCGGGAGUUCGGUGAUCAGGACGUAGGACCAUCGGAUCAGAUGGUUAGUGCAGUAGAUGAUGUUAAUCAAGACGAUGCAGUGGAUGAAGAAAACAAUGCUUCAACGAUGCUUCAGGAUUCGGAUAUUAUGGAGAAUAGUUUUUCCACGUCAAACAAACAUGAAAACAUUCCCGAUUGGGUUGUUGUUGGCGAGUCAGUGCAAAUUCGACCAUACAAUACAUGUGGUGUGAUUGCUUUCAUCGGGGGAACACAUUUUCAGGGUGGAACCUGGAUCGGAGUGGAGCUGGACACUCCCACUGGCAAGAACGAUGGCACGGUGCAGGGAAUACAAUAUUUCAGCUGUAAACCAAAGCACGGAAUCUUCGUCCGGGUGGAUAAACUGAUUCUUGACAAGCGGGGCCGGGCGAUACGCGAGUUGAAAAAAGCAGAGAAAAUGAAAGCGGAACUAGCCGGCCAAAAGACAGCAAAGCCGAUCAGUCAGAAUGGGCCACGCAAAUGAUACGGAUUUAACCGGGGUCUCAGCACGGCAAUGACGUCCAGUGGUUCCUGUUCGGCUGCUGCUGUGGCGAGACCUGCUCAAAGAAAACGGUUCGUUCCAAAGUCAGCCUCGGUAGCAGCGUUCGGGCGCAGCAAGUGAUUUGACACGGUCAAACCACGGAGGAGAUUCGAUCCAUCAUUCUCGACAGUACCUUGUUUUAUGUUGUGAUUAUGUUUACAAAGUGAUAACUAACUAACUUACAUAGGAAUGGGAAAACGAAACACACUCAACGCGGUAAGUUAUCUUACCUACCCUAUUUCUGAGCAAUGGAAACGAUAAUAAUUAUGUAUCAGAUAAUUUGUAUUACUUAUACCUUUUUUACUGUGUGUCAAAAGUUAUUGAAAAAGAAAAAAAAACACUGGCUUUAUUUCUCAACGCAAAGCAAAUAUUGUAGUGGAAACAACAACAAUCGAGCAAGCGUUUGCAAGUGCAUUCUAGAUAGACAGUCGCGACAGCAAAUGUUAAAAUGCAAAUGAAAAAUAAAAUUAAACAAAUCAACCAGUUCUGUCCAGAAAAAAAAACAAUGUGAACAAAAUACAAAACUCUUGAAUAUAAUAACUACCAACAUCUACUGUAUACAUGGAAUACCACAGUCAAGGAUUUUCAACGGGGAAAUUUAUUAAACGUAUAUAACUGCUAGGAGAAUCAAGCAACCAACAACAUUUGUAGCCAAAACUAGACGGAAAGGCAGAAGUUAAGAAAACGAAAGCUAAAGACAGUUGAGAUAAGCAUUAUGCGUAUUUAUAUUUAUACACUCAUAUUUAAAAAAAAAAACAAAACAAGUAUGUUAUAGGAGACUUUUAUUCUAAUCCUUUGCUACCAACAAUUUUCAAUCUUUAUCUUCUGUACAUCUAGGAUAACUUGGCUAAACAGUAGUCCAAAUAGAAGAGCCCCUCAGAUGAUGUGAAACCGGAAGCUGUAGUGUGACAGUAGGCGCUACGCUACGCCGAUAAGAAUCCAAAUCCUAGAGUAAUAAAAGCUAGUUAAAAGUUUAAAAAAACCAAGAAAUUAUAGGUAAGCUCAUCGGAAUGUCGGAGAUUGUAUGCCACCCGCCCACAGCCCCCAAAACUGUAGUACGUUGCGUCCACACGCACUAUCAAGGCUAAGCAAAAAAAAAAUAAAUAAAGACGGAAGUUCACUGUUUCCCUCCAGUUGUUCUCGACACCAAAAUUAUUGUUUUGUACGCGAGCAAAAUUAGUGUUUAAACACGUCUAACCUAGUGCGUUACACGGAAAAUAUCAUUAGUUGGUAGGAACUGUAAAUUCGUUGUCCCCUCCAUUUUUCGGUAGUCAAUGUUCUCAAGUUUUCGAGGUGUUGUUUUUUUAUUACUCCUGACAAAAGGAAUGGUGAUCAUCUAGUAGAGAUUCGAGUGAGACAAAACAAGCAACCAUAUGAUAAGCAGCAGCCUACGAAAAAUGAAAAAUUUACGUAACAGCAUAAAAAAAACAAGCACGUCCAUUUUUUCCCCUUUGGAAUCAUCCGAAAGAUCGAGAGAAUAAAGCAACAACAACAAAAAACAAAAAAAAUCAGUAAAUAUUCUUCAAAUUUUCUCAGUGUGUUAUAGGCAAUAAAAUAUCAAAACCAAAUGGAAACUAUUUAGAAAGAGAGAAAGUGUGCUAGAGCCGCCCGUUUGGGCUGAGCUAAAAACUGUUGAGCAUCGAAUAGAGCAAAACACGAUGUGUGUAGUAUAGUAAAUAAGAUAGUGUUGGCAGUAGAGUUUCAGAUACUGACGAUGGUUGUGUAGAAUAGACGAAGAAAAAGACUCUACUCCAAACAAAACAAAAAAAAAGUAUUGGGCUAAAUUCAUUCCACAUUUUGACUAGAGAUAUGAUUGAUUAAUCGGAUCGGCAAAUGUUGCCUGUUUUUGUUUUUGGUUUAAAUAAAAUAGCGGCAUUCCCGAAGCGAAAAUGUGAUGUUGGAUUGUACCUCUGGUGCACAUCGUCGCACCUCCUGACAUAUGUAUCAAAGCAUGCUUUGAUGGCUACGCCCCGCUGCGUAGUCAUUGUUAGCGCGAAUCGAAUCGAAAAAAAAAUUGCACAUUCGCGUACCGCUCGAACAUCACGAAAAAAGCCUACUUGGAUACGCUUCACGAGAGGCGCGUUGCCACAAGUAGAGUAGCUCCAAGGUUUUGCAAUCGUCGCCGCCUGAGAGAUGUGCUGCCUGGUCCAUCCGACGUCCGGCGUCACAUUUUCGCGUCACACUGCGCUUCAACACCGUAAACGAAAACGUAAUUUCGAGCAAUAGCAUUUGUAAUAAUUCCCACAAUGGACUCUAGUACUAAAUGAUCUCUAAAUGCUUGUAGGUAUGUGACUAUGACUAAGCUAGCUCGGUACAGAGAACAAACAAAGCAGAUUUUGAGCCGUGUUUUUUGUGUAGAGUUGAGUCUCAUUGGAUGUUAAUAGAGGAAGAGGCUAGUUCCGGCAACGGAGAAAUAAAUAAUCGUUAGGUGGAAAAGGAUUUCAUUGCAAAAAAAAGGAAACUGCGAUAUCCAACUUAGUGUAGAAAGCAACAUUUUGCUCGAUAUCUGUGCCCUGUCGGUGAGUUAAAUAGGCCUUCAUUUACCCUUUCUCCAAGGUCAGUCAGUCCAUCUGGACCGAGCAGAACAUCCGUGAGGUGUGCGAAGGGGAAAGUGCAAUAGAACAGCGACUGUGGUUUUUGUUUUUUCGCAACUGUUUAGUUUUGCACUGUAUAGCGAGCCUCAGUUUAGAUUUUUUUGUCUCUUUAAUCGAUGGGUUGUUUCAGUUGAUCCAUCUUGUUUCAUAUCCCCGCAACACGUGAUAUCAUUGUAAAUCAAAAAUAGGUUUAAGUUGCAAAAAAAAUUAAAACGACGAAAAAAGACUUUGUUGAAGUAAUAUCAUUCGUUUUUAUUCGUUUGUCUGCGUGUGAAAUAUGUGAUUUAGUUUUAUGUAUAUCAUUGUUCAUUAUCAUGCAUAGUAGCAAGCAAAUUAAAGAGCUUUCAGCAUUAUCAGCUUUUUCGAAAGUGAAUAAGCUGUUUCGAACAAAAAAAAUUAAAGAUUUGGCCGCUCCGGCCAAUCAAUAGCACAAUAUUAAUCUAGAGAAAGCAACAACAACAAAAAAAAACAAGUUGAAGAUUCAUCAAUCACCAAUCAUCUUUCUUUAUACGUUUUGGUGCUUCGUUUCGCUAUCGUAUAAAACACAAACGACAAGAUUAUUGUUCUUUUACUCUAAAAUUUAAACCAAACAGAACUGCGCGAUUGCUUCACACUACCAUUAAAAAAACAUGUAAAAAAAUACAGCCCAGUAGCACUUCUAGCAAGUGUCAUUAUUCUGCGCAUUAUGUAAAUUAUCCACACUUUAUAAACGUAUGCAAAAAAACGGAGAAACAUGCAAAUGUAUUGUAUCAUCUAUUGGCAAAACGCUACCUUAGUUGAGUCUAGAUAAUAUGCAAAAGAAAGAACACAAGCAAAUGGUACGCACGCUAGAAAAAAAAAACAACAGGAUAUCAAAAGAGGUUAAAAAAAUUCUAGUCAAAAAAAACGGAAGCAAGAAAGUUGAACCUGUUACUGAAGAAGGAUCGAGAGCGGAAUAAUAAAAAAAAAACAAACGCUAUAGAACUUGAAGUCAACCGCAGGCAUAUUAACAACAUGAUGGAGCGCUAUAAAUCAUUAUACAGAAUCAGAGAAAGAUAAAAUAUAUUAAUACUGCUUAUUCUGUAAUUAAACAAAA